CGUCAAAUUGAGGUCCUGCAUUGGUGGUGGUGAUAAAAAACGAAAAAUGGGUGCCAAUGUCUCGCAGCUGGAAAAGGAAAUCGGUUCCGAUCUCUUUCCACCGAAUGAACAUUAUUUUGGCCUGGUGAAUUUCGGCAAUACCUGUUACAGCAAUUCCGUGCUGCAGGCCUUGUAUUUUUGUAAACCCUUUCGCGAUAAGGUCUUGGAAUAUAAGGCAAAGAAUAAACGACCCAAAGAGACGUUGCUCUCCUGCUUGGCAGAUCUCUUUUAUAAUAUUGCCACGCAAAAGAAAAAGGUCGGCUCCAUUGCCCCCAAGAAGUUUAUUGCCCGCCUGCGCAAGGAGAAGGAAGAAUUCGAUAAUUAUAUGCAACAAGAUGCUCAUGAAUUUCUCAAUUUUCUAAUCAAUCACAUUAAUGAGAUAAUACUGGCCGAACGUAAUGCCAGCAAGAAUGGCAGCGGUGGUGGUGGUACGGCAACGUCUGGUACGGCUGCCACAAAAUCCUCAUCGACCACCUCAACAUCAACAACCGUUUCCAAUUCCUCAACCAACGGGACCUGCUCAAAUUCCACGGGCUCAAUAAAUGGCAUUGGCAUAGGGAUAUCGGAUGCCACCACUCCCACUCAGGGUGGUGGGGGUAAUCCGGCUAACAGUGAACCAACCUGGGUCCAUGAAAUAUUCCAGGGCACCCUGACCUCAGAGACGCGUUGCCUCAACUGUGAAACUGUCAGCAGCAAGGAUGAACAUUUCUUCGAUCUGCAGGUUGAUGUCGAUCAAAAUACCUCAAUAACCCAUUGCCUGAGAUGCUUCAGUAACACCGAGACCCUAUGUUCGGACAACAAAUUCAAGUGUGACAAUUGCUGUAGCUAUCAGGAGGCUCAAAAGCGUAUGCGUGUGAAAAAAUUGCCAAUGAUUUUGGCCCUCCACCUGAAACGCUUUAAAUAUAUGGAACAAUUUAAUCGUCAUAUUAAAGUAUCACACCGUGUGGUGUUCCCAUUGGAAUUGCGGCUAUUUAAUACCUCAGAUGAUGCGGUGAACCCUGAUCGUUUAUAUGACUUGAUGGCUGUCGUCAUUCAUUGUGGUUCUGGACCAAAUCGUGGCCAUUACAUUAGUAUUGUUAAAAGUCAUGGCCUAUGGCUACUGUUCGAUGAUGAUAUGGUUGAUAAAAUCGAAGCCUCAACUAUAGAAGAUUUUUAUGGUCUCACAUCGGAUAUACAGAAAUCAUCGGAAACUGGUUAUAUUUUGUUUUAUCAGUCGAGGGAUUGUAAUGCUUAAAAG